GAAUCUCUCUCUGUCUUUUUUUUUUUCCUUUGAACAGUAUUGUCAGAAAAGCCAACGACUUUCACAAUCACUGUGACAUCUGAGGCGGGAGAAAAUGAUGAAACUGUCCAAACAACCCUUAAAUUUACCUAUAGAGAAAAAUAUCCUGAUGAAACUCCACUUUAUGAAAUUGUCUCACAGGAGAAUCUUGACGAUAAUGAUGUCACAGACAUAAUAAAACUACUAGAACAACAGGCAGAAGAAAAUUUAGGAAUGGUAAUGAUCUUCACUCUAGUCUCAGCAGUACAGGAGAAAUUAAAUGAAACAGUGGAUCAAAUAAAAACGCGAAGAGAAGAGGAAAAGAAACAGAAAGAAAGAGAAGCAGAAGAAGAAGAGAAACAACGUUUUCAUGGCACUCCUGUUACCAUUGAGAAUUUCCUAAAUUGGAAAGCGAAGUUUGAUGCAGAACUCCUAGAAAUAAAAAGGAAAAAAAUGAAAGAAGAAGAACAAGCGGGCAAAAAUAAAUUAAGCGGUAAACAGCUGUUUGAAAUGGAUCACAACCUUGACACCUCUGACAUCCAGUUCUUGGAGGAAGCAGGAAACAGCGUGGAGGUUGAUGAAUCUUUAUUCCAAGAAAUGGAUGAUUUAGAGUUGGAGGAUGAAGAGGAUGACCCUGACUACAACCCCGUUAAUUUAGAUAGUGAUUAGACUUUUUUUGAACUGGCUCUGUCAUCAGUAUGGACAUACGUAAGGAGAGAGGGGCAGGCAGGAAAGCCACAGCAUCUGUGGUUUUAGUAAUGUGUAUCAGGUUUUUUUUUUCUUUCCUUUUUUCUUUUUUCCAAAGAAAAAAACCAAAAUAUUUUAAAUCCAGGAGAAUGGUCUUCUGAUGACUUUCAUCAUAAAUAAAUUUACUUUAAUAUUUCAAAUGAAAAA